UACUUCCGGGCCGCGUGAGGCGGCCGGCUUCCCUUGGGUGGGUUCCGGCGCGGAGGGGAGGGCGCUGAGGUGUCGGCGGGAGGGCGGCCGGGUACCCCCCCCUGCUGGGGAGGCUCCCCCUCGGGGUGAGGUAGAUGCCAGUUUGCAAUGGGUCUUAAAACCAUCUGGAAGGACUACAAAGUUCUGAUUGUUAUGGGAACUAGCCUUGGGCUGGUGCACUGGGGGUGGUUUUACGUCAAGUCCAGUCCUAUUUUCCAAGUGAAGACAGAGGACAUUGUUCCAGAACCUGGGAUUGUGGCAUACGUGAUGCAAGGGGAUCACAAAAGUAAAGAAAAAUAGCGUUAGUGCUAUGUAUUGUGGGUAUAAUUAUCUUUGGAGCUUUUCUUCUGUGAGUGUUGCUGGAAGAAGAGAUGAGGAAAACUAGCUGGAGUAGAAAGAACUUUCUGCUUCUGGCAGGACUGUCAGUCAUAGCUGUCCAUUUUGGAAGCAUGCUCGUUAACUUUGUUGCAAAAAAAUCUGCUCGAUCACAUUCAGAAGCUAAAAAGGAAGAUCGUCGUGAAUGAAAUAGUUUACUGCUGUCAUUAUAUAUCGUUUUCACGGUAGGAUUUAAGCCUUGAUUUAAGAGGUAGAUCACAGUCAGUCACAGGAAUGUCAUUAUCAUACUGUACCUACUGUUCCACAUUUAAAAUAAUCCUUAGCUUUAAAGAAUUAAAAUGUACUACUUUAAAUUUUUAAAGUGCUAUGAAUUACUGAUCUAAGUAAAAUGAAAUCUGUUUUGUUGUCCAGAAUUAAAAUCUUUCUUUGAAAAUGUCUCGUCUUGAAGCCAAAAAGCCUCCGUUAUUUAUUAGCGAACCUUUAACUAAAGAUACAGUUAGGCAGUCGCUGUCUCUGCUAAGUGGAAUAUUGAAAUCUUGCUAUGGUCCUGCUGGUAGACUCAAACAGCUCCACAAUGGUGUGGGAGGCUAUGUUUGUACAACUUCACAAUCUUCAGCCAUAUUCAGUCGCCUUUCUGUCAGUCAUCCUGUAUUAAGGGUUUUGACGGCCCCUGUACAGAACCACGUGUCGCGCUUCAGUGAUUGCGGCUUGUUUACUGCCAUUCUUUGCUGUAGUUUGAUUGAAAACUUUAGAAGCCUGAACAUUGCAUCUUGCACUGUCAUUAACAUAAGCAAGCAUCUUUUGAGUUUAUGUAUGGACUACCUCAAAUCUGAGGCCUGUGGUUGCCGGGUAUCUGUGGAUUUUAGCAGUCUUGAGACUCUUCUUUGUUUGGUACGUAGUGUAUUAACAAGCAAACCUGCUUGCAUGCUUGACAAACAAGAAGUUGAGCAUCUCGCCACGCUGAUUUUAAAGGCUUUUAUGUUUACUGUUCCAUCUCACGUUGAGACUAAUGCUGUUUUAGGAAAGUGUAUAAUAGUACCUGUGAAAGGUAAAAGAGUUGUGGAUUCUACAGUUCUACCUGGACUACUCAUAGAAACACCAGAAAUUCAAUCGGCAAAGCCACUUACUGUCAAAAGAAGUUGUUCGAACAUGAUCAAGAUAGCACUUUUCUGUGUGUCCAUGUCAGGAGACCUCUUCAGCCCUGAAGAAGGAACUAUAACAGUCCAUCAUGGAAUUUCUCUAGAAAUGUCAGAGCUGAAUCAGUUGCUUAAUGUAGGAAAGCAGCUGGUUAAUGAUGAGAUUGGCCUUGUCGUGUGCCAGAAAGUUAUCCAUCCAUCCUUGAAGCAGUAUCUGAAAGAGAACCAUGUCAUCGCUGUAGACAGAGCUGGGCUCUCUCUGAUGGAACCUCUGAGUCGGAUGACAGGUUCAAAGCCUAUAGCUUCCAUACAUUUGUUGUCUCCCAGUUGUUACGGCAGUUUGAAAGAUGUGCGCAUUGAGAGUUUUGCUUCAAAACAUUUUGUGCAUCUAAUUCCUAAUGACACAGUUGUCUGCAGCUUGAUACUCUGUAACAGAAAUGAAACAGCAUGGGAUGAAUUGAAGCGUGCCUGUGAAACUGCAGAACAUGUGCUACAGUUAACAAUCAAGGAACCUUUGGCAUUGUUAGGAGGUGGCUGUACAGAAACUCACUUGGCAUCGUACGUAAGACACAAGAGUUGUAGUCUGUCGACCAGCAAUUUUAAAGAUAUAGAUUGUUCUCGGACACAAUACCAAUUGGUUGCUGAUGGUUUUUGCCGUUCUCUGGAGUCUGUAGCUUGCUCCCUGAAUCAUGAUGAUGGAGAAAUUCUUACAGACUUGGUUUAUGGACACUGUUGGUUUGUUCCAUCAGGUUUUCCCUCUGUCUCUAAUUGGUCAGAUCUAGUUUCAAAAUGUGGCUGUGGGAUUAAUGGUAACGCUGAGAAUCUCAGCUGGAGGCUUUUGCAGGGCCAGUUUGGCUCCCCUGUUAUACAGGGCUGCCCUAAAGAGCCCUCAGUAAAAGUUGCUGACUUUCUGACAUUAGACUGUUUUGCUGCAAAGUGUAGUGGCCUACAAGUAGCUUUGGAGACAGCCAAUCUGAUUUUGGAUCUCUCAUAUGUAAUUGAAGAUCAAAAUUAGCUCUGAUCUUAUAGUGAAUUGGGUUGCGAAGCAAGGUACUUAAUUGAAAGCAGGGUACUACAUAAUGCGUUAAGAUACUUUAAAUGGUUAGAAUGUGGACGACAGAAAUUUUAAAUCAAACAGUUUGCCAUUGCAUACUCUUCUGAUUGCUAAUCUACUGUGCCCUCAAGCAUUUUCAAAUGUUUAAUUUUUUGUUAGGAACUGUUAAAUGAUUAGCCAAAUAUACAGUGAAUCAUAGUAACAUAUGACUUACAAGUAUUCAAAUUAGUGUAUUCAAAAGAGUGAAUGACACUUCAAAAAAUUGAGUUUCUUGUGUCCUUCUGGGAGAUUUGAAUGUUCUCCUUCAGUAAAUAAGUGCUGAAUUUAAGGAGACGUAUGAAAUUCCCUCCUCAUUAAGCAAAAUUUUGGAUGUUUCUGUUAGCUCUGUGGCAUCUCCAAAGGAAGGGGAAAAUGAAUCCACUUGCUGAGAAAACAUAUGUUAAAGAUUAGAAUUUAUGUGGUCUCAGCAAAAGCUUUACACGUUCAAACAGACUCUUGUAUUGCAACAGAACUUCAGCACUGGUAUUUUUAAUUUUGUAGGUAAAAAAGAAAGCUUUCCUUAAUAAAUACCUUGAGCCACUUUGUUUUCAAAUUUUGUUCUUAGGAUCUUGUCACCGUAUAUCAUAUUGCACUUUUUUUCUCUAAAUGACUGGAAAAUUUUAAUUCCUAUGUAAUUUAUUUAGCAAAUUAUUAAAACUCACCCUGGACAUCUUAAGGUAGCAGGUAGGUAAUGGAAGAUUUGAAAAGAAAUGGCAGACUGUGUGGAAAAAACUUUUGUAAAGUGCACCUUGAUUGUCUUCUGUGGGGUAUAGGACAGUGUAUAAAUGUUUCUAUCAUUUAAGCAAAGCUGCAAGAAAGAACGUCCCACUUACCAUUCAAUUAACUCUUUGAUUGUGCAUAGCUUCUUUUCUUUUAAUGAAGUAAGGCUUUAAGCUUCUCAGGCUUGUUUUGAUCUUUAAAUAAGGCUGUAGACUGAAUGAUCGAAACUUUUUCUCAUUUUCAGCUUGCAUGCAAGAUCAAAAGGGGUGUUACAAUUUCUUGCUUAAACUCAUUUUCUUUGCCCCUUUUCUUCUCCCUUUUUGUUUUCAGUCACAAGGGACAAAUUGUUCAUGACACGCUUUUCCAGAAAACAGCCGUGUUAGUUAUAGAGUAGUCUGCUUAUUUGUUUUCUUGUCUCUUAAGUUUUUAAUAUAUUUACUGAGUAUAAGCAGUAGAAUUGUUUUAUAUAACACAGUUUUGAAAUAUAUAAUUAAAAACAGAUCUUUCCAGACCUUUUGUACAAAGUCCUUUUCAUUUCAAGAGCAUAAAUAAUCAUUUUCUCACUGGAAAAAAUGAAAAGUUAUUUAAAGUUCUUUAUCUUUUUAUGACCUGAAAUGAUUGCUUCAGUGCUAUAAGGCGUCCUUUGGGAAUUGGUGGAAGAAUGUUACAAGGGUUGAGAUGGAGGCUGUUCAAAGUUGGUUACUAAAAAGGCUGCUUUAAUAUCUUGAUCCUCCCAUAUACCAUAAACCAAAUGAAAACAUCAGGAAUAAUGAAGCCAAAUGAUGGUGUAUAUCUUAAAGCACAGAAGAAUCUUGGUAAUACUUCAUCUAAUUAUGAGUCUCUAACUCAAAGUGUCGAAUUAGAGUAUUUUGCUUCCUAUAAUAUCAGUUUGUUAUGCAGUGCAAAAAUGUUGAAUUUAGUGACUACAGCUGUGAAGUGAAAAUUAAAACAAUAUUUAAAUAGAA